AAGAGAAAGAAGACCUUGAAGAAAGACAUGAAGAGAAGGAAAAGGCGAAGGGAACCGUCAAAUCUUUAGUAGAAAAUGAAAUUAAUGAAAUCGAAGUGAGAGAAGAAGGAUCAGAAAAAGAUGAGUUGGAGCAGAUAAUUAUUCAAACUGAAGAACUUACCCAAGAAAUCCGAGACGAACCUCAACAAAAACAAAUUGGAAUUACCGAACAAUUAUUCCAGAUCUUAGGAUUAAAGCCUAAGCCCAAAAAGAAGCACAGACGAUAG